GUGCUCUCAGCGCCAGAGACGAGAGCCGCUUGGCUCCAGCAUCAGCAGAUCCCCCGCUCGUGCUGAGCUGGGAUCUGCAGUAGGAGCCACAGAGCCGUGCCUGCAGCAGCUGCCGUGAUGCUGGGACUCCUCCCUGCGCUCCCUUGCCUGCUCCUCCUUUCCCUGCCGGGCUUCAGCUCUGGCUCCGAUGACGACGGCACCGUGGUGCUCACCACCAGCGGCCCCAUCCGGGGCAAGCGCCUCCCGGCCGGCUCCAGCACAGUGACAGCCUUCCUGGGCAUCCCCUAUGCCGAGCCCCCCAUGGGGGCCUUACGCUUCCAGAAACCACUUCCCCACCAGCCCUGGAGCCACGUCCUGGAGACCACCAGCUUUGGCAACGCCUGCCACCAGCCGCUGCUUACUGGUUACCCCGAUGCCUAUAUGUGGACACCCAAAACGCUGCAGUCCGAGGACUGCCUUUUCCUCAACGUCUGGGUGCCCCAUCCCCGGCCCCCCACGCCGGCCCCCGUCCUCGUCUGGAUCCACGGCGGCGGGUUCUUCGUAGGUGCAGCCUCCUUGGAGCUCCAAGAUGGGCGCUUCUUAGCCGCCACCGAGAACGUGAUCGUGGCCUCCAUGAACUACCGCCUGGGGGCGCUGGGCUUCCUGUCCCUGCCCCCGGCCGCCCCGGGGAACGCCGGCCUGUGGGACCAGCGCCUGGCGCUGCGCUGGCUGCGGGACAACGUGGCCGCCUUCAGUGGGGACCCAGCUCAUUUGAUGCUCUUCGGCCAGAGCGCUGGGGCCGCCUCGGUCGGCUUCCACCUCCUGUCCCCGGGGAGCCGGCCCCUCUUCACCCGCGCCGCGCUGCAGAGUGGUGCCACCACCGCUCCCUUGGCCUGGUUUAGCCCAGAAACGGCCAAGGAGAUAGGUCGGGCACUGGGCCGUGACCUGGACUGCACCGAUUUCAAUGACACCGCCCUGGUGGGCUGCCUGCAGGGGAAGGAGCCGGGAGACUUUGGGAAACGCAUUAUGUCCAUGCCUGGGUCCGUGCCGACCGUAGACGGGGAUUUCCUCCCCGAUGAGCCACUGAGACUCCUGGAGGCUGGGCACAGCCAGCCUAUACCCCUCCUGGCUGGUGUCACGGCCAACGAAGGCUCCUACCUAAUCAUCAGUGCCCUUAACUUCACCAGGGUGAACGCCAGCCACAUGAGCUGGGAGGAGCUACUGGAGGUGCUGAGGGUGACAAUGCCGGGGCUGCCAUGGGAGGGCGUCCAGGCGGCAGCAGAGCGGUACAACCAGAAGGGGCAGGGCUCGGCGUGGUACCACCGCACCAUGGCUCACAUCAUCAGUGACUAUCAUGUGGUGUGCCCCAUAGCCAAGACGGCUGGGCAGAUGGCAGAGGCCGGCGGUCCCGUGUACGCCUACACCUUCACCCACCGCCCCAGUGGCUUGUCUUCCCCCAAGUGGAUGGGGGUGCCACAUGGCUCCGAGGUGCCCUACCUGUUCGGGACCCUGGCGUCCGUGGGGGGAGCCAAUCACACGCACACGGAGGCCGAGGUGGCGCUGAGCCGCAGAGUGAUGCGCUACUGGGCAGAGUUCGCCAGAAGUGGGAACCCCACAGGGGCAGGAGGCAGCGGGCAGCAGUGGCCUCGUUACAAUGCCACAGAGAAGAAUUUUUUCCGUGUCGGAACGGAGCCGCCCCAGGUGGAGGGGACGUCGCCCGCCCGGCGCUGUGGCAUCUUGACACCAUUGGUCCCAGACUAUCAGCGGUUCAAGGCCCAGCCCAAAGGAACUGCUGAACCAGCAGGGGAGACAGAACGUCUGGAGGACUGAGCACCAUGGAGAAACACAGGAUCUUCAGCAGGAAAAGCCCAGACCCCCUCCGCCAUCUCAGCUAUGGGAGUUAGGCCCAGAUUCUCAUGGGUA